AUGGCGGCACAGGGGCUGCGCUUCACAACGGGCACAUCGCCCGGCCUCAUCAAGAGCGUUCCGGCCCGGGCUGGCGAGGACGAGGCUGGAGAAGAGGCCGUGACCGCGCCGGAUCAUCCGGGUCGUCCGGAGCACCUGGAGGUUGUUGAUCCGCGGCAUGCCAAGAGCACAAAGAGCAGGAUCGCCAUGCUCCAUGCCCUCGCCAACAUCGAGGCCUGGGCCAUCGACGUCUCGUGGGACAUCAUCGCCCGGUUUGCGGCCAAGCACCCCGAGCUGCCCGACGCGUUCUUUGACGACUGGGUCGCCGUCGCCGACGACGAGGCCCGGCACCACUCGCAGCUGGUAGCCAGGCUGGAGGAGCUCGGCUCGCACUUUGGCGCCCUCCCGGUCCACGAGGGCCUGUGGGAGACUGCCGAGACGACCGCAGACUCGCUUCUUGCCCGGCUGGCGGUGAUGCAUAUGGUCCACGAGGCCCAUGGGCUCGACGUCACACCCAAGACCAUCGCCCGCUUUGCCUCGCAAGGCGACAAGACGUCGGCCGAGAUGCUGCAGCACAUCUACGAGGAGGAGAUCACACACGUCGCCGCUGGCCUCCGCUGGUUCACCUGGCUCUGCGACCGUGACGGUCUCGACACUCUGCCGCUCUUCUACGACCUUGUGCGCGCCAACUUUGCCGGCUCCCUCAAGCCGCCUUUCAACACUGACGGCCGCGCCGCCGCCGGCAUGACCGAGGAGUGGUAUCUUCCGCUUGUCGAGCCGAAGAAACCCAAGAAGGCGGCGGCAGCUACUGAGGCGGCGGCGUAG